GGUGCGGGAGACGGCAGGGCUGCUGUGAAGAAAGUCCCGGGGCUGGCCGGAGGCUGGAGAGCGGGCCAUGGUACCGGUGCCCCCCUGAUGCUCCCCGGGAGGAGGCUCUGCUGGAGAAGGGGAGGCUGGUGAGGAGCUGGAGGACGGCGGACGCGAGGCCACGGUGGGGGAGAUCCGAGGCUCCGGCUGGGAAGCCAUGGGGAGAUGCAAUGGGAGAUGUACGCUGGUCGGAUUCUGCUGCCUGCAGCUGGUGGCAGCGCUGGAGAGGCAGAUCUUUGAUUUCCUGGGCUACCAGUGGGCACCCAUCCUGGCUAAUUUUUUACACAUCAUGGCCGUUAUUUUGGGUAUUUUUGGGACCAUCCAGUACAGAUCCAAAUACCUCAUGAUGUACGCGGUGUGGCUGGUGCUGUGGGUCGGCUGGAACGCCUUCAUCAUCUGCUUCUACCUGGAGGUCGGACGCUUGUCGCAGGACCGAGACUUCAUCAUGACCUUCAAUACCUCACUGCAUCGCUCGUGGUGGAUGGAGAACGGCCCGGGCUGCCUGGUGACGCCAGUGAUGAACUCCAACCUGGCACCCGAGGACCAUCACGUCAUCACCGUCAGCGGGUGCCUGCUCGACUACCAGUACAUCGAGGUGGUGAGCAGCGCCACGCAGAUAUUCCUGGCGCUCUUUGGCUUCGUCUACGCCUGCUACGUCAGCAAAGUGUUCCUGGAGGAAGAAGACAGCUUCGACUUCAUCGGCGGGUUUGACUCCUACGGGUACCAGGCGCCACAGAAGACGUCACACCUACAGCUACAGCCCCUCUACACGUGAGUCCCGGG